CUGAGGAUGGAUUAUUUUUAAUUGCCCUUUUGGGGUGCAUUUCUUUUUUUUACAAAGAGCUUGCAACCCCACAACUUCCGGCUACACUUCUGGUUACCAUGGUUACAGUCGUUUCAGUCAACAAAGACUGAAAUGACCACAUGCAAAUUCGACUUAACAAGUAGCCUACAUUAGCAACAAUGUCAAAAUCAAAGCAAGACCAACUGUACGAGUUGAACAUGCAGAGGGAGACGUGGUGUCGCGUGGAGACAACCAGUAGGUUCUGGAAUUUAGCCGAAAGGAAACACUUCCGUUGUCACCUCAAGAACACCUGCGACUUCCGCGCGCUGCAGACCGCGCGCCCCGAGCAGCGAUCCUCCUGGAUGAUGGACGGCGACAGCAACACCAGACAUCCCGAGCGAAGACACUUCGAAGACAGCUAUAAAACUCAUCAGGUGUUAGGAACUGCAAUCAACCUCUACGAAGAGUGAAUGUUUUUCUCCACACGACAAUAAACGUGUAAUGAGCGGAUCUGGCAAUAAAACAGUGGUUUAGUACUUAUUUAUUUUAUU